AUGUUCCUGACGGGCAAGGAGAAGCUGCUCUACGGGGCUGGCAAUCGUUAUGAUGAUGCCGUUGGGGGCUCUUUCUUGCCUUGGAUUCGCUUUAGACAGCCUGCGUUCUAUCCUCGUUACUGCGUUUGCUUAUGCGAUUACCGCCGGUUUCUGCGUUCUCAUGAUUUUCCUGGCCACGUCUCUGCUCUAUUACCUUGGCCCAUCAUUCUCUCUGUGUCUUUUUUCCCCUUCACCUUUCUAUUUUCUAUUUUCGCCCUUUUUUUUUUCUCGAGAACCUUGCGACUCCUCGAGGCAUAG